AUACAGUAAAACAAAAUAUGGAAGAAUCCAAAAUGCACCCCCCUCCUUUUUUUCGAAGACAGGCAAUGGCCAAAAUGCCUAAAUGAUAAAAUCAGGAAUAGAGAAUAGGAACCUUCACAGAAAGCCAACACCGGACAACUCAAGCAAUUCCUUCCACCAACAAGAAUAUAGAAGAAGAUUACGUUUAUCAAUGAUAUCAUAUGAUAUUUCUCUCGCACUGCUCCAUUUCCAAAUGCACCUUCCUAGAAACCCCGCUAUUUCGUAUUAAAAAUAACAACAAAAGGAUUUAAUUAUCAAGCGGUCGAAUCCACCUUCGAAUACUUGCACACGUCCUUCACCCUCACCAAUCACACCCGUCCAUUUCCCUAUCCGCGCUCUGAUUAUAGUUUUAAUAUGUUUGAUGGGUACCAACGAGGGUCACAUCACCACAUCUUUCAGAAACGUGGCGACACAUUUCAUGCUUAUAUAAAGGGGUUCGCUAGUUCUCACAUGGAAAUAUGUUCAUCUGCCUUUGGUUGAUUGAGGGUAGGAGGGCUUCCUUGGUCAAUCAAUGGAGAAUCAGAGGAGUGGGACAAGCACUCCAACGGAGAUAGAGUAUGAGGACUUGUUACCGGUGAUGGCCGAGAAGCUGGAUGCUGAAGCGUUUGUGUCGGAAUUGUGUGGAGGGUUUCGGCUUCUGGCUGAUCAAGGAAGAGGGUUGAUAACACCGGAUAGUCUGAUGAAAAAUUCAGCUCUUUUAGGUAUGGAAGGGAUGAGCAAAGAGGAGUCAGAAGAGAUGGUAAGAGAAGGUGACCUCGAUGGAGAUGGAGCACUUAACCAGACUGAGUUCUGCAUCCUCAUGGUGAGGCUAAGCCCUGGAAUAAUGCAGGAUGCGGAGGUCUGGCUCCAGCAGGCAAUUGAACAAGAGCUAAGCAAAUCCUCAGGUUGAUUUCUUCUUUGUACUUAUUUAGUUGAGUGAAAGAUCCCAUUUGUCCUUGUCUUGAGUCAUCACAAGGAAAGGCUAUUUUUAAUGAAACUAUUGGAUCCUCCUUCAAAAACAGGGAUUAUCAGUCAGUCAUGCAAAAUAUCACUCCAUUAAUUAUCAAUAAAAAGGUAGAACUUGA